AUGUCCAAUUAUAUAUGUAAAGGCUGUCAAACAGCGAUCAGACGAGGUCUGCGAAGCAGUCGCCCUCUUUCCGCGCGAAAAUAUAGCUCAGAAGCAGCUCCAAAAGCACCACUUGAUAUCGCUGCACUCCUUUCUAAACCAACUUGGUCCGUCCGAUCACUCGUUCCCUCCGAUUCAACACCUCCCUCUGCAGAAAUCACACCACAGAAGUUACACCAUCUACUCCGGCUCUCCGCGUUACCCCUUCCGAAGAGCCCAGAAGAAGAGGCAUCUAUGCUAGCAACACUACAUUCCCAAUUACAUUUCGUACGGGAUAUUCAGAAUGUGGAUACAGAGGGCGUAGAGCCACUGCAGAGUCUCAGGGACGAAACUGAGGAGGGCAUCGAGGACAUUACGAUUGGCUUGGAGACAUUGAGGGAGGCGCUGGGGAAGGAAGAUAUUAAGGGGAGGAAUAGGAGGCCGAAAAGACGGAGGGGUGAAGAGGUUGACACGAAGGGUGUGGAAGACUGGAAUGUAACGAAGACAGCAUCAGAGAAGGUCAAGACGCCCGGAGGGAAAUUCUUCAUUGUGAGGAGUGGAAAGGGGGAUACCGAGGAGCCUUGA